UAUUGUAGCGUGCCGUGUGCAUUACCAUUCAUAGACUACGAGCGCUGAUUCACCCCACUGAUUCAUUCGAAAAAAAGUGGUAGUCAAGAGAACAUAAAAGUUCUUAUUUAAAACGUAGCUUAUCUGGAUUUUUAAGUUUAGUUUCUCGAUUCGACCAGGCCGAUUUUAGUAUAAAACGUGAAGAUGCCAUUCGUAGCAGCUGAAAACCCAAAGUGUCCAAAAUGCGGCAAAUCUGUUUAUGCCGCUGAAGAACGUGUCGCUGGAGGAUAUAAAUAUCACAAGACAUGCUUCAAAUGUGGAAUGUGCAACAAAGCUCUCGAUUCCACAAACUGCACAGAACAUGAAAAGGAAUUGUUUUGCAAAAAUUGCCAUGCUCGCAAAUAUGGACCAAAAGGUUACGGAUUUGGUGGUGGUGCUGGAUGUCUGUCAAUGGAUACCGGUGCUCAUUUAAACCAAGAAGGCUACGAAAUUAGAAAUGGAAGUGCAAGGAUGGAGCCACGUGCUAUUGCUAAAGCACCUGAAGGAGAAGGUUGUCCACGAUGUGGAGGUUGUGUUUAUGCGGCUGAACAGAUGUUAGCCCGUGGAAGGGGAUAUCAUAGACGAUGUUUUAAAUGUUUGAAUUGCAAUCGAACAUUAGAUUCGACAGCUCAUUGUGAUGGACCCGAUAAAGAAAUAUAUUGUAGAGGAUGCUAUGCGCAAAAAUUUGGUGCUCGAGGUUAUGGCUACUUGGGAAUGUCAUCUUUGGGAUUGAUGUCUGAUAUAAAAGAUAAAGAUUGGCAGAGUGACUUGGCACCGAAAACUUGUGUCAUCGACACAGCAAAAAUUCAAGCACCACCAGGUCAAGGAUGUCCUCGCUGUGGAGGAGUAGUAUUUGCUGCUGAACAAGUUUUGUCCAAGGGCCGUGAAUGGCAUCGCAGAUGCUUCAAGUGCCAUGAUUGCAAGAAGACUCUAGAUUCUAUCAUUGCAUGUGAUGGGCCCGAUAAGGAUGUGUAUUGCAAAACCUGCUACGGCAAAAACUGGGGACCUCACGGAUAUGGUUUUGCUUGUGGUUCCGGAUUCUUGCAAACUGAUGGUUUAACUGAGGAGCAAAUUGCCAACGCGAAACCAUUCUACAAUCCCGAUACUACAUCAAUCAAAGCGCCACCUGGUCAAGGAUGUCCCCGUUGUGGCGGUGCUGUAUUUGCUGCUGAACAGCAACUUGCCAAGGGCUCCAUGUGGCAUAAGAAAUGUUUCAGCUGUGCAGAGUGUAAGCGUCCAUUGGAUUCAACACUCGCUUGCGAUGGACCCGAUAAGGAAAUCCAUUGCAGACCAUGCUACGCUAAACUUUUCGGACCGAAAGGAUUCGGUUAUGGUCACAGUCCUACUCUUGUUUCUACCAGUGGUGAAUCAACAAUUCAAUAUCCCGAUGGUAGAGCCUUCGGAGGACCAAAAGCAGCAAAGGGUUCUGGUUGCCUAAGAUGCGGUUUCCCAGUUUAUGAGGCCGAGAAGAUGAUAAGCAAGGAUAGAGUCUGGCACAAACGGUGCUUCUCGUGUGUGGAAUGUCGUAAAUCGUUGGACUCGACCAAUUUGAACGAUGCACCCGAUGGCGAAAUAUAUUGCCGAAGUUGCUACAGUCGUAAUUUUGGACCGAAAGGUGUCGGAUUCGGUAUAGGUGCCGGCACUUUGACAAUGGUUUAAAAAGAGGACAGGGCGUGGUAUAUAGUUUUUUUGUUUGUUUUCUCUUCUAGAUAGCACACAUCCCAAUAUUUUUAUAUUUAAUUUGCAAAUGCCUGAAAUAAACUUAAAUUCUCAGAUAAUACGAAACAUGUCCUAACUAGCCCCACUCUAUAAUCAAUUACAAUUAACUGUGUUUGACAUGAAACUAUAUGAGCGCUUUGUACACUUCGAUGUUUUACACUCCCAAUACAAAUGAAGAAGUUGAAUGGUCGACUAAAUAUAUAUAUUUAUGCUAUGGAGUAUCGUUCGGUUUUAAUUCUUUUUUUCUUCUUUAAUUUCGUUUUUUUUUUGUUCAUCUUGUACACCGACUACUUUUUGAGAAUAACUAGUUUAAAUGCGAACGACCAGGCCUGGUGCCUGUGGCCACAAGAAUUCUGAAAUAAUCGCGCAUUUUUUUU